AUAGUUUGGACAAAUAUUCAAGCUAACUAAAAAAAAAUAAGGAAAAAAACAAUAUGCCAAGAAUAGUAUCUAGAAGUAUUGUUGUUACAGAUAUAAAGAAUAAAGAAGAAUAUAGGCACGAAAAACCUUUAAAUGUAUAUUAUUGCAUAUGUGGGAAAAUGGUACUUAUUCUAGAUUGUACAGUGGAAAAACUCCCCUUAAGAAGAAAAGAUGAUGCUCGUGUCAUUGAUGCUUCAAAGCAUGUAUUUAAGAUUACAUAUAAUGAUGAAGAAAACGAAACUGUAUAUAUAAGAAGAGAUGAAGGAAUUGAAAAAUUAUUUAUAAUGAAAUGUAAAAAAUGCUCUUUACCAUUAUUCUAUCGACAUAAUCCAGCCAAAAAUUUAUCAAUUAUAUUUAUAAUUGCCAAUUCCAUCUUCAAAACAGGCAAAGAUUAUGUUCAACAACAAAAAGAUAAUAAAAAUAAACAGAAUAAGUCCAAUGAAGAUAAACAAGUUACCAUAACAAAACAUACCCAUAAUACUGGGAAGUUUAGUUCUGUCACAGUUUCAACUAUCGAUGAUGAAGAAGACGAAUUAGAAGCGAAAGAAAUAUCCGAUUCUUACACCGCCAACGCUAUUAUCAUAGAAAAUCAAUUGAAAUCUAAGAAGAAGUACACUACGAUUGGUUCGGCGCUCACUCCUUUCGACUCCUCAAAACAUAAAUCAUCGGAGCAAGAAAUUAUCCUAACACCUGCUAAGAGAAACAAAUAUAAAGGCACACUAAUCGAUAAAUCUAUUGAUUAGACGAUUAAAUGUUGAUAAAUAUUUUAUCUUGAUUAUUAUAUAUACUUUAUCAUUUUGGCAAAUAUAUAUUUAUUUGAAAAAUUGGAAAGAACAUAUAAUAUACAGCGCUAUUUUAUAUUGAAAAUUAUAUAACUAUCAAAGUAA